UUGCAAUCCAAUUGAAUACCCAAAUAGCCACCAACUAUCCUGACAUAAGGGUAUAUCAUACUCGAAAGCUCCAUCCAUGUCCCUCACCCCUCGCAGCACUACCGUUACCCGCCUAACCAACGAGACAAAGGUGCAAGUCUCCCUCUCACUUGAUGGUGGCGUGCUCCCGGCCUACGAACCGUGCGAGCACUUCCCACGGACAAACUCAGAGGAAUCCUUCCGCGUAAUACCUCCUCCUGAAGCAGCACAUUCCACUCAAUUCACCCCCUCGCAACAGAUCACCAUAACUACCGGCAUAGGGUUUCUGGAUCACCUACUACAUGCGCUAGCGAAGCAUGCUGGAUGGAGUCUGGCAGUGCGAUGUAAAGGGGAUUUGAUCAUCGACGACCACCACACAGUGGAAGAUGUCUUUCUUGCGCUCGGCACCGCCUUCACAAAAGCGCUCGGCCCCCGCGUCUCCCUUGUCCGAUUCGCCCGCGGGGAUGCCCCCCUCGACGAAGCCCUCUCGUGGGCAGUAAUCGACAUCUCCUCCCGUCCAUACAGUGUGAUAAACCUAGGCCUGAAGCGCGAGAAGGUCGGCGCAUUGAGUACGGAGAUGAUUUCGCAUGGACUUGCGAGUUUCGCGCAGGCGGCGGGCGUCACAUUACAUGUUGGAUGUGUUUAUGGGGAAAAUGAUCAUCAUCGGGCAGAGAGCGCUUUUAAGGCUGUUGCGGUAGCGACGAGACAGGCUUGUCGGAGAAGAGGAGAUGGAGAGGUUGGAGGCGGUGGGGAGGUAGGGAGUACAAAGGGGGUGUUGUAAUUUUUUUUGAUACCUGUAGCCUUUUCUUUUCUUCUUUUCUUCUCUUUUUUUUCCUAAAUCGGUUGAAAGAUGGGUCCGCAUUCUGUCGUUUCGACUAAGUAUUAUAACGCCUUUCUGAUGACAAAGUACAUGGCACUUCAUACCCAGGAAAUACUGCAUAUUUUCAAUUACG